GAACAUAAUAUGAAAGUCUAAUAAAUUUGUCAUGACUUGCAUGUCUAUCAUUCUAAAAUUCAUAUUUUCCUCUUUCUUAUUUCAUCCCCCGACCCUAACAUCGCAGAAUCUUCAGUACACCGAGCUGUUUUUGUUUAUUUCAUCUUAGCAGAUGGGCUAGCAAUGCACAAUUGAAUGAUGGAUAAGGCCUUGUGGAUCCAUAUAUAACUUUCAGGCCCAAUUUUUUCGACCCAAUCCAAUUCUUAGUAAGUAUUUUUCAAUCAAUUAGCCCUAAAUUUCAAAAGUCGCUCCGUCUUCUUCCGCCAGUCGCCACCGUACUCCGCCGGACUAUAAAACUUUUCUCCCAAUUUUGUCACGGCGUCGAUAUCAUUCUCUGGCGAAUUUUUAAUUUGUCUUAUCUGUCUCUUACCAGCCAUGGCACAAGAAAUGGGUAUGUUUACAGUGCAUCAUACAAUUGGAAAUGUUUUAUGCUGCAAAUGUGGUAUAAGUAUGCAACCAAAUGCUGCCAAUAUGUGUGCCAACUGCUUGAGGUCUGAAAUUGACAUUACAGAAGGUCUCCAGAAGCAUGUUAUCAUAUGUCAUUGCCCUGAAUGUGACAGCUAUUUGCAGCCUCCUAGGACCUGGAUUAAAGCCCAAUUAGAAUCAAAGGAGCUAUUGACAUUCUGUGUGAAGAGGUUGAAGAAUUUGAAUAAAGUUCGUUUAGUGCAGGCAGAGUUCAUUUGGACUGAACCUCACUCCAAGAGAAUCAAAGUCAAGUUGAAGGUUCAGAAAGAAGUUCUUCAUGGAGCUAUCCUUGAGCAGGCGUAUACAGUUGAAUAUGUUAUCCAAGACCAAAUGUGUGAAUCCUGUACGAGGGUUCAGGCUAAUCCUGAUCAGUGGGUGGCUGCAGUGCAGCUACGGCAGCAUGUUUCUCACAGGCGAACUUUCUUCUAUUUGGAACAGCUUAUUCUUAAGCAUGAUGCUGCUGCUCGUGCUAUAAUGAUUAAGCAAAUGGAUCAAGGAAUUGAUCUGUUCUUCUCUAAUAGAAGUCAUGCUGUAAAGUUUGUGGAGUUCAUAGGAAAAGUUGUUCCCAGUCGGAGCCGUAAUGACAAACAACUGGUGUCUCAUGAUCCCAAGAGCAACAAUUACAACUAUAAGUAUACUUUUUCAGUUGAAAUUUCGCCAGUUUGUCGUGAGGACUUGAUUUGUCUUCCGCCAAAAGUUUCAAAUAGUUUGGGGAAUCUAGGACCACUUGUGAUCUGCACCAAGGUGAGUAACCACAUUGCUUUACUUGACCCAUUUACUCUCAGGAACUGUUUUCUGGAUGCGGAACAAUACUGGAGGGCGUCUUUUAAGUCCCUACUUUCCAGUAGGCAGCUUGUGGAAUAUAUAGUUCUAGAUAUUGAGGCUGUUUCUUCUGAGGUCAACAUUGGUGGAUCUAAGUACGCUUUGGCAGAUGCCCAAGUAGCUCGUAUAUCUGAUUUUGGAAAGAAUGAUACAAUUUUCAACGUCCGAACACAUCUGGGGCAUCUUCUAAAUCCUGGGGAUUAUGCACUUGGGUAUGACUUAUAUGCUGCUAAUAGUAAUGAUAGUGAGCUGGACAAGUAUAAAGGCUUUGUUCUCCCAGAUGUGAUACUGGUUAAGAAGAGCUAUGAAGAGAAAUGGCAGAAGAAGCGUGGGAAGCCUCGUUCAUGGAAGCUGAAAUCUCUCAAUAUGGAGAUUGAUGACAACGCAGCAAAGGGGAGAGAUCAUGAAGAGAAGAUGAACUCUGAGUAUGAACAAUUCUUAAGAGAUUUAGAGGAGAAUCCAGAUUUGAGGUUCAACAUAUCCCUUUACCGUAACAAGGAGUAUCAGCCAUCAGAAAUGGCAUCUGUGACUGAUGGUGACGAUGCUCCUUCUGUCCCGUUGGAGGAAUUGUUAGCUGAUCUUGAUUUAAGUGAGGAGGAAGCUGACAAUGAUAGCAUGAGGGAGUGAGUCGGGUACGUCGGUAUACUAAAAUCUUAGGUGAACUUCACUGGUGAGAAACCUCCUGCUGCUGCUGCUGCAUCUUUAGCCCGUAAGGUUCAGUUAGAAUAGCAGACAUGAGCUAAGAUGAAAGAACUGCAGUCAAAAAAUUUUGUUUCCUUUUAUGGUGUGGAUCUAUGGUGUGUAUAAUGACUGUUCAAUUAUUUUAUCUGUGUUUUUUGAUCA